ACGAGAGUGAAUUUAAGGGCAUUUUGAUGCGUUUAAUGUGAUUAAUAUUCGGACGCUCGCUUUCCCGGAAUCCGAAAAGUAUAUUUUUUCAACAGAUAUUUUGUUCGUAUUUUUAUUCGCGAAUGCGAUAUCGAUCGUGAUCGAGCAGGAUCGAAAGUGCCGAAUGCAUUCGCGAGUGAUCUUAUUUUUUUCGUAUCGUCCGUUCAUUUCGAAGUGCAUCUGUGCAUGUGUAGUGAAGUACGAUAAAUAAUUAUUGCAAAUAUAAAAUGAUAGAAAAAAACAGUGCAGUGAUCAGUGCCAAACUAUAUGGGAUUAUAGCAGAGCAGCAGUGGAACAUAUUAAUAAUCAACGCAAUGAAAAAGGAAACCGACUAGAUACGGGAAUGUAACGGCGCGGCGCAUGCGCCAGAAGCUGGACGAGCUGCCUUAUCAACCGAGGUGACAUUCCUUGGCUUGUCUUGGCGGAGUCGUCGCGCAAAGAUGCCGGGAAACACCCUGCGGACGGACGACCGUCGUCGCGUGUGAUCGUGUGAUCGUGUGAAUCUCGCGAGUGGAUUCUGAAGCUGGAUUUCCAAGGAUUGCCGCGGAAGCACUCGAGAAGCCUAAAUUGGUGAACCGAAAAUUUCACCUACUGACAUAAAAUGGAGACAUCAUUUGCGAUUUCCGUCGAGAAAAAUCUCUGGAGAUGUCGCGAAGACGACUUCGAAUGCGACUUCGGCGUCCGGUAUCCUUGAAGGGGAGAUGCACUUUGCAAAGAUGCACGGGUGAUACAGGACAGGCUCCGAUAAAAUGUUGAUCAAGGAAUAUCGCAUACCGCUACCUCUUACGGUAGAGGAGUAUCGAAUCGCUCAGCUGUACAUGAUAGCGAAAAAAUCGCGGGAAGAGAGCAAAGGUGCCGGCAGCGGCGUGGAAAUAAUCGAGAACGAGCCAUACAAUGACGGUCCAGGCGGUACCGGCCAAUACACGCACAAGAUCUACCACGUGGGUAGUCAUCUGCCGGGUUGGUUCAAGAGUCUGCUACCAAAGUCGGCGUUGAUUGCCAAGGAAGAGGCAUGGAACGCCUAUCCGUACACCAAAACCCGCUACACGUGUCCGUUCGUGGAGAAGUUCUCCGUCGAGAUAGAAACCUACUACUUCCCGGACGAUGGCCACCAGGAGAACGUCUUCAAUCUCAGCGGCAGUGAUUACAGGAACAGGAUCGUGGAUGUGAUCGACAUCGUCAAGGAUCAGCCUUACGGAGCCGAUUAUGUGAAGGAAGAGGAUCCCAAGUUAUACGUCUCGGAAAAGACAGGAAGAGGCCCGCUGGAGGACACAUGGCUGGAGGAUUAUUGGGCCGAUGUGGAAGGAAAGCAACAGCCAACGCCGUCGGGCAAGUCACUAAUGUGCGCAUACAAGCUAUGCCGAGUAGAGUUCCGUUAUUGGGGCAUGCAAACGAAAUUAGAAAAGUUCAUACACGACGUAGCUCUGCGGAAGACGAUGGUGCGGGCGCACAGACAGGCCUGGGCCUGGCAGGACGAGUGGAACGGUCUGACGAUGGAGGACAUAAGGGAGAUCGAACGGCAGACGCAGCUUGCGUUGCAGCGCAAGAUGGGACUCGGCGAUUCGAUGGACGAGGAGCUUGAGGAGAACGAGACGAGGGAAACGAGGACGAUGACAACGACGACGAUGACAACGACGGCGACCCCGGCGACCCCGGUCACGGCAAACGCCUCGAUGUCGUCCCCGGAUUCGGAUGUCGCCAAGACAUUGGCGGCCACCCUGGGCAGCAUUGAAAAGGAGGAGACGCAGAGUCCGCUGUCCGUCAGGAAGCCGUCCGACAUUCCCAUCAUUAACACGGCGGCCAGCUCCGAGGGCGAAAUCAGUCCCGAAGACUCGCCGGUUGACGUCAACGAGAUUAAAACCGCGAGGAGCGAUGCGAAGAAGGAGUGGAGAAAGAACAAUGUGCAUUUGCACUCGCCGAGCUCCAACAAGAACUUUGAUAUCCAAAUCGCGAACUGGAGGAUGGAGAGCAUCGUUAGGGAAUCCGAAUCUGGUAGCGAUGACGAAUUCUUCGAUUGUCAAGCUGGGUUCAUUAUACCUGUUAUACGCAAAGAGGACUUUGAAGAUAACUCCUCAUUAGCUAAAUGGAGUUCUUUGGAUCUUCUAGCAGAAGGGGACGACACGACUACGCGAACACCAUCUGCAGCAAACGAGCAAGAAGACACAAUAUUUUCAUCGUCGUAUCUGCAACGCGUCGCCAGCGAGAGAAAUAGUAAGAGACUGCAGAUCCGCACGUCAACCAGUAUUGACGUGUCGUGUCCAACAUCCCCUCAACAUUCUCCUACGCAUCAACCGUGCAAAAUUACCGUCUUAAUCAUCGUGAUACACGGUGGCAGUGUUUUAGACGCGAAUGUCGAUUUAACCGCAAAGAAGUCAGACAUAACAACAUUCCGCGGAGCUUUUGAAUCCGUAAUGAGGCAGCAUUAUCCCAGCAUGGUCGGACAUGUAUCAGUCAAAUUCGUCGCUUGUCCUUCCAUUUGUACCGAAGGUCUUGGAAUUUUAUCCAGUCUGAGUCCGUACAGUUUUGACGUAUCACCAUCGUGCAUGGACGCGCCGCAAGUUACACACGAUACUAUCCCGAUCGGCGCGAUUCCGUUGUUGGCGAGUUCGAGUUCCGACUAUCAGGACGCGGUAUCGCGCGUAGUGCUGGCUGCCAAUCAAGUGUAUCAUGAUUUCGUCAAGAGCGAAGAGGGUAAAGGCUUCAGCGGGCAGAUUUGCUUCGUAGGCGACUCGGUAGGCUCGAUUCUGGCUUACGAUGCCCUAAGCAGAGCGACGCAGCACUCGAGGCAUAGUAGCGAGAACAGUAUCCUAGAAGGUGGUAGCAGCCAGCAGCAAAGCAACGACGGUAAUGCCGAAGACGUCAAACAUCUUUCCGCGCCAUCUCCUAGAAGAAGAUCUUCCGGCACAGGCGACCAUAACAAACUAGACUUCGAGGUAGGUGACUUAUUUACGUUUGGCAGUCCGCUCGCGCUGGUUCUCGCCUACAGGAAGACCGCGUCCGCUGACAGAAAUAGCUUCAUACCUAGGCCGUUGGUCAAUCAAGUACACAAUCUGUUCCAUCCCACGGAUCCCGUGGCCGCGAGAUUGGAACCCUUAAUCUCGGCGAGGUUCUCGUUGAUACCGCCAGUCAAUAUCGCUCGAUAUCAAAAGUAUCCGCUCGGCAACGGCCAACCUUAUCACUUACUGGAGACUAUCCAGACAAAUCCGCAACUGUUCGCUGACGGUCUCAACAUUCCUAAUAUUCAAAUGCAUUUAAGAAGACUAUCCGAUAUAUCGAUUCAAAGUACAAUGUCGGGCAUUAUCGAUAAUGUUCCUUUACAAGCGGUGUCUGCUCUGACGCAAAAGUGGUGGGGCACUAAAAGAUUAGAUUACGCUCUCUACUGUCCAGAGGGUCUCGCUAAUUUUCCUACAAAUGCCUUGCCACAUCUCUUCCACGCCAGUUAUUGGGAAUCUUCGGACGUAAUCGCGUUUAUUCUGAGGCAGUUGGGCAGAUUCGAUUUGUCGCUGCUCGGUAACGAGGAAAAGGAUCUCACUAGCUUCCGUCCAGGUCAACCCAGAGAGAAAUGGAAUAAAAAGCGUACCUCCGUUAAACUUAAGAAUGUUGCUGCCAAUCACAGAGCAAAUGAUGUCAUUGUAAGGGAAGGUGCACCACAAAUAUUAAUUGCUAGGUUCAUGUACAGUCCUAUUGAUAUGAUAACUUUAACAGGUGAGAAAGUGGAUAUUCACAUUAUGAAAGACGCACCGGCAGGUGAGUGGACGUACUUCUCCACCGAGGUAACUGAUAAAAAUGGUAGGAUAAUUUACAAAAUACCAGAUGACAAAACGCUAGGUUAUGGGCUCUAUCCAGUUAAGAUGGUUGUAAGGGGAGAUCACACAUCUGUAGAUUUUUUCAUCGCUGUGAUACCGCCGAGAACCGAGUGCGUGGUUUUUAGUAUAGACGGUUCAUUCGCCGCCAGCAGAUCGGUGAGCGGCAAAGAUCCGAAAGUUUGGGCUGGUGCCGUCGAUGUUGUGAGGCAUUGGCAGGAACUAGGUUACCUUAUCAUUUAUAUUACUGCGAGACCUGACAUGCAACAGCAGACGGUAGUUUCCUGGCUGUCGCAACAUAACUUUCCUCACGGUCUCGUCUCGUUCGCCGACGGCUUGUCGAGAGAUCCGCUCGCUCACAAAGCCGCCUAUUUGAAUAAGCUUGUAAAGGAACACGGAAUGAUAAUUCAUCAGGCGUACGGCAGCGAGAAGGACAUUAGCGUGUACACAGCGAUAAACCUGAAACCGAGCCAGAUCUUCAUCAUCGGCAAAGCGUCCAAAAAGCAUCAGACUCUGGCGACAAUACUGUACGAUGGCUAUGCCGCCCAUCUGAGCACGCUGCAAGCGCACGGAGGUUCACGUCCCGCCCAGGGUAACGCGCGCAUGGUGAUCCCCAGGGGUCAGUUUGGCUUGCCGGGACAGAAUACUUCCUUGCGUCGACGAAGAAUUAGAGGCGUCUGCCAGAGCUAUUUAGGAUUAAAUAACUCAAAGAGUGAGCUUCGACAGAGUUCAGACGCGCCUAGUUGAAUGCUUCUCCCUUUUACCUUUCUCGUGUCAUUUUCAAGAACAGAUUAUAAACAAUCGUUUCGCUGUCAUCCAUAGGGCGGACAGGUGUCUUCCGUCGACAUCUGAUUCAUUAUCCAUUAUCCGCUUCAGAUGUUACGUCACGCUUUCCAGCAGUAUACAAAUGUAAAACACCACCGCUUUCCCCAUUGUGCUGUUCUCAUUCAUCAGCUUUCAAUGGCGAUCUAUGUCCACUUUACUCACAAGCGAGUUAAACUUCAAUGCGAAGCGCACUAUUCUUAACUUUUACGGGAUGCGCGGCAAAAAUAUAUGAAAAGGAUCAAGUGCUCCUCGUCGAAUUUUUAAACAACAUUUUAAUGAAUAUCUCGAAUAACAAGAGAGUGAAAAAGGAAUUUAAACAUAUUUAAAUAAAUUCUACUUUCGAUCAAUCUCUAUUCUAUAUUAUCUUGUUGUAUUCUGGAUUUAAUUAUUCAGACAAUCGAUUUGAUUGAAAGGUAAUAAAAUAUAUAAUCCGAUUAAAUUUUUAAGGUAAAAAAAGGAAAUUUAUUUUCCAAAUAUAUUCAGAAACAUAAUACAUUGUUUCAUGUAUUUUUGUCUUGCAUCCUGUAAUCUGUUGAUAUUUUCUGUGUAUAUAGGAUGUCGAAAAAGUAUGUGUGUUAUACAAUACUUAUACAACAACAGAAAUGAAUAAUGUGCAUUGACAGACAGCAAAAUCAUUAAUUGUUUUCAGCUUAAGUGUGAUAGAGAAAGGAGAAACGCAUUAUCGAAAAAUACAUCACUGCUGCUUAUUGCACAAUACGUUGUACGAUACAGAAGCGGAUUGCUCGAUUUAAAUAGUGCAGUUAAUAAUUUUAAAUUAUUUGCACUAAUUUUUAAUUACUUAAUUAAGCUGCAAGUCAAUAUUUCUUAACCAUCUAUCAAUGCUUGUGCUAUUUUUAUUACGUAAUUAAUUAGAAAAGCUUCCACUUCCAAGAAAUGAAUUUGCAAUUCGUUUCUGUCGCACACAAAUAACAGAUUAUAUUAAUUAGACAUGCGAAUAGUUACAAGAAUGCAAUACGAUAUUAAACAGUCAUCCAACAGUCAUAUGACACGUAUUGUCAAUCGCGAUUAUUCGAAUGACAUUACGUCGAAUAUGCAUAGAAAAAAUAAAGUUAUUGAUAUGACUCGAGGAACGCGAUGCUUGAACCUUUUCUUCCUAAUACAAUCUUAUAAUUUAAUCUUCCAAUUUAUCAUGGAAAAUUAUAAAAAAAAUAAUAUAAAAUAUUAUACAUAUAUCAGUACAAUAGAUAAAGAUCAGGGCAUAAACUCUUAUGGUACUCCAUCUUUAAAAAUUAAAACUUUGAUUCGAAAUCGAGUAUCUGUAUCGGGAAGAAUUGGCGUUUCUCAUUCAUUUCGAGGAGAAAUGAGAAGUUUGUAAUCGUUAUUAAUUAUCGUUGAUUUUGCG